AUGAUGACGAAUGACGACAUUUACCUUAGCAUUACAUCUGUACAUGAUGCUUACAGAACAUAUCGAUCGCUGUAUCCGGAUAAGCAGCUUGCAAAGGAGCCUUUCACCUUCAAUAAAGAACUAUCUAUCAAUGAAAACUUGAAUCACUUGUCUUUGUACGCGUUGAGGAAUCCAAUGCUUGCAUACUACUGUUACAAACCGAUAUUUUUAGAACUUGCAGCCCGAUUGAUUCAAAACACCUCCAUAUUCGAAAGAGAAUUCACCCAGAGUUCUAGCAACAACCGCAUCAAGGGGUCUAUUGUAUUGUCUCAACUUUCUGCAUUGCUUGAUGUUGCACCCGAUUUUCUAAAUUUGUAUGAGCAUUUUUUGCAAAAUUUAAAUGUUUGGGAGGAACUUGCUGAAGCAGAUACGUUAGAGGUGGAGCGUUUACUCUUGGCAUAUUAUCGUACAUUGCAUUUUAACUCGGAGAGGUUCAAACAGUAUAUCCACCCAGACGCCAUAUAUGGACUUCUCGAAUCCAAUCAACAAUCCAAAGUUUCCAAGUACUUGUGUAUUGAAAUACUUGCAAUAUAUCUACUGGCUUCGGAAUUGUCUAGAAACAAAAUGUUGGAAAAGUACGCCAUUGGUGAAGAUUUUGUUUCCAAUUAUGAUGAUACGCAACUCAAUUAUAGAUUUCUUGUGUUGUCUGAGUCCAAAAGAAUUGCCAAUUUCAAAAGCUUGCCACAAGUGGAUUUUUUAACAAAUGAGGGAGAUGAUUCUGUUGUAAUUUCACCGGUUGACUUAUCUUCGACGAUUUUGGUGUCCGUAUGUGGAGUUUUGGUACCAAGCUUGGCAAAAAGUACAAACUUUGAAUCUCAUCAAAUUGACUUUGUUUCGACAGAGAACUCGGUUCAUGCAUUAAGGACUUUGGCUACAGAUAUUAAAUUAAACCAACCAGUAAUGCUCGUUGGAGAAUCGGGAUCAGGAAAGACUUUUUUAAUUAACAAAUUGGCCAACGAUUUGCAUUGCCAAGGAUCAAUCGUCAAGAUUCAUUUGGGGGAGCAAACUGACGCGAAAUUGUUGCUUGGGACUUAUACUUCAGGUGAACAGCCAGGGACCUUCCAAUGGAAUACAGGUGUGUUAACAUCUGCAGUUCAAGAAGGGAAGUGGGUGUUGAUUGAGGAUAUUGACCAAGCACCAACGGAGAUUCUUUCCAUACUAUUAACAUUACUACUUCAAUCUGAAGGGAUUGUAACUUGUGACCAACCAUUGGAAACUUCCGUAUAUGACAACAUUUUUGCCGAAGCAGUUUCUUGUUUUGGAAGUGCCAUUGUGGAACCAAAAGCGUUGGAGCUUUUGACUAAAUUUGUGGGUGAUACUUUCCAAGUCCCACAACUGAGAAUAAAUCACUUUAUAUCAAAACACACGCCCGUUUUCCAAACUGACUCAGAUGUUGUGAAAAUUGGGAGGGCUAUUUUGAAAUCUACUGGUGGCAAGAAACCUGAUUCCUCUCCUUUUGCUCGAACCAAUCAUGCCCUUCAUUUAAUGGAGCAGAUUGGCGUUGGAAUUAGUAUGACUGAGCCAAUAUUGCUUGUUGGAGAAACAGGUACCGGUAAAACGACAAUUGUUCAACACAUUGCAAAACUUUUGGGCAAAAAAUUGACCGCGAUUAAUGUUUCUCAACAAACAGAAUCGGGUGAUUUGUUAGGUGGUUAUAAACCGGUAAACACGAAGCUCAUUGCUGUAGGAGUUCAGGAAUAUUUCGAGCCGUUGUUUUUGGCAACAUUCUCGGAAAAGAAAAACGAGAGAUUCAACAAGGUAUUGUUGCGUUGUUUCAAUAGUGGGCAAUGGAAGAAUGUGUUGAAGUUAUGGUCAGAGGCAUACAAGCUGGCUGUGGACGUGCUUACGAAAAAAGAUCCUUCUCAUGACAAUGAUGAUGAAGGUGCUCCCAAGAAAAAAAAGAGGAAAUUUAAGGCAGUUGAUCCCGAUUUCCUUUUGCAAAAGUGGUACAAAUUCAACCAGAUGUUGAAGGAUUUCGAAGUCACUGCUUCGACCACCGAUCAUUCCUUUGUCUUCAACUUUGUUGAGGGUUCCUUGGUGAAGGCGAUUAGGAAUGGAGAUUGGCUAUUGCUUGAUGAAAUCAAUUUGGCAAGUUCGGAUACGUUGGAGAGUAUUGCUGACUUAUUGAAUGAUUCCUCGGAGCAAAGAUCUAUAUUGUUAUCUGAAAGAGGUGACACGGAACCCAUCAAAGUUCACCCCGAUUUCAGGCUCUUUGGAUGUAUGAAUCCAUCAACUGAUGUGGGGAAAAGAGAUCUUCCAGUUAGUAUUAGGUCCAAGUUUACCGAGAUCUACGUUCAUUCGCCCGAUAAGGAUUACCAGGAUCUUUUGAAAAUAAUAGACAAGUACAUUGGCAGGUAUUCUAUUGGUGAUGACAUUGUAAUCAAUGACAUUGCUGAAUUAUACUUGAGAGCAAAGUCAUUAUCUGAGAUGAACAAGAUCGUCGAUGGAGCGAAUCAAAGACCACACUUUAGCAUUCGUACAUUGACGAGAACCUUAAUUUACGUUACUGACAUUGUACCAAUUUAUGGUCUCCGAAGAUCAUUGUAUGAAGGGUUUUGCAUGACAUUUUUGACAUUGUUGGAUGCCGACUCAGAAAAUAUUCUCAAGCCAGAGAUUGUGAAGUACACUGUUGGAAAGUUGGGCAACAUGAAUUCUGUCAUGAGCCAAAUUCCACCGCCUCCGUCCCAAGACUCAGGAAAAUUUGUCCAAUUCAAACACUACUGGAUGAGGCAUGGUCCCAAUGAGAUAAUUCCUCAGCCCAACUACAUUAUUACGCCAUUUGUUGAAAAGAACUUGUUGAAUUUGGUAAGAGCGACUGCUGGCCGAAGGUUUCCUGUGUUGGUUCAGGGUCCCACGUCUGCAGGUAAAACUUCAAUGAUCAAUUAUUUGGCACAUAUAACCGGCCACAAAUUUGUUCGUAUCAACAAUCACGAACACACUGACCUUCAAGAGUAUUUGGGUACUUAUGUAAGUGACUCCAAGGGAAGAUUAGUAUUCCAAGAAGGUAUCUUGGUGGAAGCGUUACGGAAAGGUUAUUGGAUUGUUUUGGACGAGUUGAAUCUUGCACCAACGGAUGUGUUGGAAGCGUUAAAUAGAUUGUUGGAUGACAAUCGUGAGCUAUUCAUUCCGGAGACACAAGAGGUUGUAAAACCACAUCCAGAUUUUAUGCUAUUUGCCACCCAGAAUCCCCCAGGUUUGUACGGUGGUAGAAAAGUUCUUUCGCGUGCAUUCCGUAACAGGUUUUUGGAAUUACAUUUUGACGACAUCCCACAAGAUGAGUUGGAGAUUAUCUUACAACAAAGGUGCCAAAUUGCUCCCACUUAUGCAAAAAAAAUUGUCGACGUUUACAAGCAAUUGACUGUACAACGUCAAUCAACAAGGUUGUUUGAGCAAAAAAAUUCUUUUGCAACCUUGCGAGAUUUGUUUAGGUGGGCCCAAAGGGAGGCUGUUGGGUAUGAAGAGUUGGCCAUCAACGGUUAUAUGCUUUUGGGGGAGCGUGUUCGUAAAAAUGAAGAGAAGGUUGUUGUCAAGGAAGCUAUUGAGAAGGUCAUGAAAGUACAAUUAGAUAUGGACACGUAUUAUGACAACUUUGAUCUUGAGAGUUUAAUUGGCCAGGAGGACGGCGUUGUUUGGACCAGAGCUAUGCGUCGUUUAGCGAUAUUAGUGCUCGCUUCUGUCAAGUACAAUGAGCCUUUGUUGUUGGUUGGAGAGACGGGCUGUGGUAAAACCACCAUUUGUCAGAUAAUAGCCAACUACUAUGCUAAGCAGUUGAUAGUAGUAAAUGCUCAUCAAAACACUGAGACUGGUGACUUGCUUGGAAGCCAACGGCCUGUUAGGAAUAAAAGCAGUGUACAACAAGAGUUACGGAAAAGACUUUUGCAAUUCUUGCAUGAUCAUGGAGUCAAAGAGUUGGAGAAUUGGGAACUUGCAGAGUUGAUACGAGCUUACAAGGAAAAGACUAGCGACCCUGAAGUACAAGGCUCUGUUGAGAUUGAAGAGCAUAUCAACUUGAACUCGAUUUUGUUUGCAUGGAGUGAUGGGCCCCUUGUUACUGCAAUGAAAGCAGGAAACUAUUUUCUUUUGGACGAAAUUUCGUUAGCUGAUGAUUCAGUAUUGGAGAGAUUGAACUCAGUUCUUGAGCCUGAGAGAAGUUUGUUGCUAGCAGAAAAGGGGUCACAAAACGCGCAUGUUACUGCUGCAACUGACUUUAAAUUCUUUGCCACAAUGAAUCCUGGUGGGGAUUACGGGAAGAAAGAGUUGUCGCCUGCUUUGAGAAAUAGAUUCACUGAACUUUGGGUGCCAUCAAUGGAAGAUUUUCAGGAUGUGUUCAAAAUUGUGCAAUCAAGACUUUACGUGAAGGAGCUUGCGGAUGCUAUUGUGAAAUUUUCUGAAUGGUACGCCAUGGAAUUUGGUGGUGGAAGUGCUGUGAGUGGAGUUAUUUCCAUUAGAGACAUAUUGGCAUGGGUUGAUUUUGUGAACAAGUCACACUCUUAUUUGGGUGUUGCUGCCGCCCUUUACAACGGGGCUGCUAUGGUAUUCAUUGAUGCUUUAGGAACCAAUAAUACUGCUUAUUUGGCUGAAAAUGCGGAGUCCCUUGUAAAAAUGAAGCAAAAGUGUGUGGAAAUGUUGUCACAAUUUGCCAAAUUUGAUCUUUUUGGUUUUUCCAACCAAAGAAUUGAAGUCAGUGUGACUGGAGACUCCUUCAACGCAGGAUUGUUUCAUAUUCCCAGAGUUGUUAGUAAUGAGGGUUUCCACUCUUUCAGUUUAGAUGCACCAACUACAGCAACGAACGCUAUGAAAGUCACUAGAGCUAUGCAAGUUAACAAACCCAUUUUGUUGGAGGGAAGUCCAGGUGUGGGUAAAACUAGUUUAAUUACAGCAAUGGCUAGUGCAACCGGAAAUACCCUUAUACGUAUCAACUUAUCAGAGCAAACAGAUUUGGUUGACUUGUUUGGUUCCGAUGCUCCCGCUGAAAAUGGCAAAGCUGGCGAAUUUGCUUGGAGAGAUGCACCUUUCUUACGUGCUAUGCAGCGUGGUGAAUGGAUUUUGCUUGAUGAGAUGAAUUUGGCCUCUCAGUCGGUCCUUGAGGGAUUGAAUGCGUGUUUGGAUCACAGAGGUGAAGCCUAUAUCCCCGAGCUCGGCAAGUCAUUCAAAAAGCACCCGGAGUUCAAAAUCUUUGCGGCUCAAAAUCCUCAAUAUCAAGGUGGUGGUAGAAAAGGCUUACCAAAAUCAUUUGUAAACAGAUUCAGUGUGGUUUACGUUGAUACUUUGAAAGCAGAAGAUCUCAACUUUAUCUUGCUGCAUGUGUACCCACUGGUUGAUUCUGCUCUGUCAUCGAAAUUGAUUGAUUUUAUGUCUACUAUUGAAGGAGAAGUGGUUGUGAAGAAACUGUGGGGUCAUUCUGGUAGUCCCUGGGAGUUCAAUUUACGAGACUCCUUAAGAUGGUUGAGUUUGUACACAGCAAAAAACUUGCAAGCUGAUACACAAAUUUCUGAUUUUAUGAACAUGAUCAUUUGUCAAAGAUUUAGAACACCAGAGGAUCAAGCCCAUGCACGAGCGCUUUUUGUCAAGUCAUUUGGUUCAUUUGCGAAACGAGACAACUACUACAAUAAAACUGCGUCAUAUAUCCAGGCAGGAUCAGCAUUGGCGACAAGGAAUCAUCUUAUGCAAUACAACAAUGGUGAUAAUCUUUUGCCCUUGCAAUGUAAUUUUGGUGUCAUGGAGACAGCUAUACGUUGUGUCACAUACAACAUACCGAUGAUAUUGACUGGACCCGCCAGCUCGGGAAAGACUUGCUUAAUUCGAUAUAUGGCUAAUGUGCUUGGAGCCAGGUUGGACGAAUUCUCGAUGAACAGCGAUGUCGAUUCUAUGGAUAUUCUUGGAGGAUAUGAGCAAUCCGAUUUGUCACGAGCACUUUAUAACUUUUUGAAUCAUGUCUAUGUCACUUUGAACGAAUUUGUUGUGAUUGAAGUCAAAUCAAAGAGAUCAGACGUAUCCCAAGCUUUGAAAGUGAUUGACGCAAUAGCCUCUGGCAAAGUCACAGCGGAAAAUUACCCGCAAUUUCACAAGCAAUUGAUAUCCAUUAAUGGUUUGGACGGUAAGAUACUUUCUUUGUCAGAGUCGUUGCUCUUUAAGCUCUCUCAACCUAGCUCAUUAAAGUUUGAAUGGUUUGAUGGUCUUCUUGUGCAAGCUGUGGAAGAAGGCCGAUGGCUAGUUCUCGACAAUGCCAACUUGUGUCCGCCAUCUGUGUUGGAUAGAUUAAACUCCUUGUUGGAAACAAAUGGUACGUUGAUUGUGAAUGAAUGCACUUUGGCGAAUGGAGAGCCAAGAGUGAUCAAACCUCAUCCAAACUUUAGACUAUUCUUGACGGUAGAUCCUAAAUAUGGAGAACUAUCCCGAGCCAUGAGAAACAGAGGAGUUGAAGUUUAUUUGGAUUCCAUUAGUGAACGGGCUACGUCAUUUGAUCGCAGGUUGUUGGGCAUUUCAGAGGUUUCCAAAGAUUUCUCCGCAAGAGCUCAUGGUCAAGUUCCAACUGGAGUGUACGGUUUUGACAGAUUUACCGAUAUGCACAGUUUCAGUCUCGUGGAGGACCUAUUGGAGAACGGUGCAUCCUACAUGAGUUCAAUUUGGGGUAUCGUACCAUUUGCUUGUUUGAGCUUACUUCAAAGAUGGACAGAAUUUGUGAGCAAAUCAGCCGAGUUUUCUUCACGCAGCAAGAAAACUUCCCAACUAGUGCUCGAUAAUUUUUCACUCUUUCAUCAGUUUGAGUUGGAGACAUCUAUUUACUACUUGUACAAAUCGGUACAAGUAAAAUCUAAUGAAAUUCUUGGUGGCGAUGCUGCCUUCAUCCCUUUCCAAGCCAUGCAUCCGUUGAUCAACAUGGCAUUAGUGUCUUCCAUCAUGCCUGACCAUGCACUUGUUGCAUCAAGUGAGUCUACCAUGUUGUUCGAGGUUGUGAAUGAAACAAAAAAGUUUGGUUCGUUGUUGAAGGGAGUUGAGAUUGGUUCGAUGAAUAAGAAGAUUGGAGAGCUAACUUAUAUCGAAAAAUCUGCAGCAGUUUUUUUUGGAAGAGACUUGAAAUCGAAACCUCGAUUUGGUGUGUUCAAACUCCUUCAAGGGGUAGUCGCUUACAUCAUCAGAGCAAUCUCAAAUGCUCAUCUGCAUAUAUUUUCCCAUGCCUUGUUCAACCCCGUGUUUGACUUGCUCGUUAUUGCAAAUGCCUUGUUUGACACAUCGAAAGAGCAAAAUGAGUCCAAAAUUAGGAUCUAUCAAGAAUUGCUUGCAAAGUGGUGUGAUAACAAUUUGGAAGUAAGUGAUGUUGACACAUUGAAAUCCUCAAUUGCAUCAUUUGGUGAUGGUUUGAAACUAUCGUCUGGUUUGUCAAUGGAUCUAAUUUGGGAAAAUUUCAGAGGCAAAUACCCACUGUCUUUGAAAGGAUGGGAAUAUUUGAGAACCGUGUAUGGGAUAAUGGAGGACCUUGAUUAUGUAUCCAAGAGGCAAUCAAUUGCCGCUUCAAGUAUCAUAUCUGGUCUUGUGGAGGCAUUCAGGCAACUUUACACUACAAUUGUUGUCAGCGAAUACAAGGAGGAGGAUUUAAAUUUCGUGUUGUCAAGGGUUUAUUCAACACUAAAUGAACUCAAAACGAACUUGAUCACAGUUGACAACAAUCGACAAAACAAUUUCAAGAUGGAAUUCACCUAUAUUUGCGACUUCUCUGAAAUCUCGGGGAAUAGACAAGAGUUAGACAAGUUGUACAUGUUUUCUGAACGAUCUUUGAAAUCAAUAGUAGUUGGUGAAAGUUCUAAAAAUUUCCCUUUGUUACUUGAAGACAUUUGGAGCAAAAAUGAUUCAGUUGAGUCUAGAAUCCCAGCAUUGUUUUCGAGCUCGUUACUAGCCUCCACUUUAGAGAAGAUCUUGAGCUUAAGGGCCACUGAAGUUAAUCAUGUUGAUGAAACACUAAGCGAUUUGAAGCUACUCACCAGAUCAUUAGUUGAAACUUCGAAUUGUGUCUUGUCAGAUCAGAGAGCUGUCUUUGCUGAGAAGUUGAGCGUUUGGUUGAAACACAUAUGGACAUCUCAUGGGUUAAAUUGGGAUGUAUAUGUUGCAGAAGAUAGUGAGUUCCCACAGUUGAACCCCAAAGUUGCGCAGGUUUUCAAACAAUUUUUAGUUCCAGCUUCGACUUUGAUUAAGCAAAACGGUUUGAAAGAUUUGGGAAAAGCAUGGAUCUUGUUUGCAUGUGGGCUCAUUCAGUUGUACUUGCCCAAUAUUCCAAAUGAUCCAGCUAUUAGAGAAUAUGUCGUCUCAAAAGUCUAUUCGGCCCGUGUGUUUCAUCUCAAUAGCCUUCAGGAAUCUUGGACGCGUUCGAGACAGGUGAUUAGUGGUGAUGAACCCAUAUACUUGGAGUCAACUUUGAAGAACCUCACAGAUGCUACUGAACCUGAAACUCCGAAGGUGUACCGUGGUGAGGGAUCGAUUGAUGGCUUAAUUGAUGAAUGGAACGCCAUGAUGGAGUCUAGCUUAAACUUUGAAUCUAUUUGCAAUUUGUUGAAUGAUAUUGAGCUGAGAUCGUCCUCUGCCAGAAGCAAACUCAACUUGUUCCAGAACAACCUUUCCAAAUUUUCUCAGCGAAUGAAGCAAAACUAUUUAUUGUAUUCUGAUUUGAAUGAUAUCCUUCUUGGAUAUGUGUAUGCUUUGCAAUUUGGUUUCGAAUUGGUUAUGUUUGAAAAUGAGAAAAGUACACUGGCCCAGUUCUCAAAAGACUGGUUGAUGAACACUGUUGAAAUGUUGAAUCCUGAGGUAAUGGGAUCUGAAUUUGCUAAUGCUCAAGCUUUCGCAAAGAAGUUGAAUGUGGAGGACCCAAUAGCUGAAGAAGUUAUGUCUUUCUUUAUGGUUCUCGGGUUUACAGAAAAUGGAAGUCCCAAUGUUGAUGUUGUUGGGGGUGCCAUCAAAUCGUUGUAUUAUAGGUGGUCACUUCGAAAAAUGAGAGAAGAGCAAGAGAUUGCUCAAAGUGAGAGUAUGUUCAAGUACAAGGAUCAAGAAGAUCACGUUGAGGAGGACUUCCAAAGAUUGUUUCCUGAUUUCGAAGAAGUUGUUGAUUUGAAGAUGACUGGUAUGAGUAAGAUUAAUGAGUUUGAAGAAAUUUACCGUGAUAUUGCUGUUGCGUAUGUUGAUAACUAUGCUCGCGGCAUAAAACUUGAUGCAAGUGCCUUGACAAAACGAGGGUCUGUUUUGUUUGGGAAAUUAUCAUCAUACAAUUUGAAAACAGGGUUCAACAAUUCGUCGGCCUUAUCGGCAGUCUUGAAUGCAGCAAUUCAAUCAAAUGACGAUUUAACUCUUCCAAGCAAAAGCUUCCACUUUUACAAAGACAGCAAUCCAAGUGAAGUUCAAAAAGCUGUCAAGAUUAUUUCCACGGUGCAUUUGCUAACAAAGAAGAUGCUUGAGCAAUGGCCAGAGCACGCAACUUUAAGAAAUAUUGCCUUCUCCACUUCCGAGUUUAUGGCGUUUCCAAUCGGGUUGCCAUUGGGUAGAUUUUUGCUGAAAUUGGAGCAGAUCUAUACUUACAUUGCAGAGUGGCAAAAGUACUCUUCCAGUCAAACGUCACUAGCGCCUCAAUACACCCAAUUGACGGACUUGAUGGUUUCAUGGAGGAAGUUGGAGUUGUCAACGUGGAAGAGUUUAUUCGAUCACGAAGAGUUUGCUUGCGGUGAAAAGAUUGGCUCGUGGUGGUUUCAUCUACUUGAGGUGAUCAUGAUUCCAAUUUUGGAGAAAAGAGAUGACCAAGAUCAAGUUGUGAAUAUUUUAUCUGCUUUGAAUGUCUUUAUGAGUAAAGUAUCUUUCGGAGAGUUUAAGUUCAGGUUGAGUUUAUUGAAAGCUUUCAAAAAUCAUGGAUUGCAGCUACACUACACGCACCCAAUUACAACUGCCUUGGACAGUUUCAUUAAAUUUUAUAGCCAGUUCGGGUCGAUUAUAGAGGAGGAGUUGACAUCAAAAAGAAGCAAAUUGCAAAAAGACAUUGACGAAGUUAUUCUUUUAGCAAGUUGGAAAGAUGUCAAUAUCGACGCUUUGAAACAGAGUGCUAGGAAAUCCCACAACAGUUUAUACAAGAUUGUACGCAAGUACCGCGAUGUGUUGAGCUCACCCGUGCAGCCAAUAAUUGAACAAGGCUUGUCUCAGUCAUUGGCAGAAUGUGAGGUCGUAAGCCUUCCAGCAAUAGAGCACUUUGAUGGUAAAGAAAGCUAUGGUGCCCUUUCAUCUAUUGCCACGUGGAAUCAAAGGCCACAGAGGUUGCAAGAUAUUUCAAUAGUUGAAAGGAAUUUCAAAGUUUAUUUGGAGAGAGUCAAGACUGAGGAGUUGCCUCUGUUGCUCGAUUUUGCAAUGGAAACGGCACGUGCGGCAGAUACUCUUCGGAAUGAAACGCCAAAGGUUUUAAACGAGGGAAACAAAAAGUUGGUAAAUGCGUUGAAGACACAAAAGCUGAAGUUGCUCAGUGACACCAUUCGUGAAAUCAGGCAAUCAGGCUUAAAGACAAGCAUGAGAGAGGAUAUACUUGCGACUCAGAAAUCAGUCAACUUAAUUAUUGCCAAUUCAAGCUCAUUCAAUGGAUUCUUGGAAGGGUGCGAUUCCGCAUAUUUCAGGAUCUUGGACUUGUUGCCACGGUUAAGGGCAGCUGUUGGCUCACCGUGCGACGAUGUGCCUAGUGCCGACCUUGAAAAAGGGCUAUCUGCAGCGGAAAAUUUGGUACAUUUAUUGAUUAUAAAGCGCUCACCACUUGUCAAGUUCAACAGUGUGUAUGAGACGCUUCAAUUAUGCGCACGUGAUAUGUUAAUAUUAGCCAAAUUGGAUGAGGAGAAAUUGAUUUCGACCAAACACUACAAAGCUAGUGUUGAGAACGUUAAGUUUAAAAGAAAGUGGUUACCCAAAUUGUUGGACUAUGCCAUUAGCACUUGCAAUGCUAUUGCCAGCUUUACGUUUUCCAAUUCGACUCUCAUUUUUGAGGAGUUCAGGAAAGAGGUGGAGACAUUUCCGGACUUUGACUCUAAGUCCUUGGUGUACACGACACUGGAUGAAAGAUUAUUGCAUGAGUUUGCAAAUUUUGAGGAUCGUUUGAGAACAGCAUUGAAGAAAUGGAAGACCGAGCAUGUAAAAUUGCAAUUUGUGGCAGAUGUUGUGUUGAAUUGGUUGAAUGGAACUGCAAAAGCCACUGUUCUAGGAGAUGACGGUAUUGAGUCUAGAGUUAUAGAAGAUUGUGAAGUGGAGUUCAGGAAGUUGUCAUCGAUGAUUCUUGUUGCAGCCCAAAAGGUGACCGAGUGUGGUAACAGCGAAGUAGCAAUUGACGAAAAAGGUUGGUUGAUUCUAGCUCAAAAUAAAGUGUCUGACUAUAUUAAGCUCACGCAUAUUACAGGAAUAGUUGCGAAGUUGAAGCGUUGUAUCGAGGUCUCCACUUUGGCAGUAGACCAAUCUCCAUUGGUCUCUUCCUUAGCUGCAUUCACGCUUCCGUUGGUUGAAAACUAUUUUGAGUUGUGUUCAAUCGUUUUCGAUAAAGCGAGGGUUAACUAUAAGAGCUUGUCAAAGGCUACUUUUGUUUUGUCUUCGAUACUUUAUUCGCUAGCAACAAAGGGAUUUUGCUCGCCAGAGCCACCUCAAGAUCAAAAGGAUGAUAACAAUUUGCACGAUGGAACUGGCUUGGGUGAUGGUGAGGGAGCUCAGACCAACAACAAUGACGUUGAAGAAGAUGACGAUUUGACUGAAAAUGCUCAAAAGCCAAACGAUGAGCAAAAUGACAAUGAUGAUCAAGACGAGAAUGAUGACGCUGUAGAAAUGGAAGGCGACAUGGCCGGUGACCUCGAGGAUUUGUCAGAUCAGGACAAAGAUGAUGAUGGUGACGAUGGAGAAAGCGAAGAGCUCGACGAAGAGGUUGAUGACUUGGAUGAAUUGGAUCCAAACAAUGUUGAUGAAAAGAUGUGGGAUGAGGAGGCCAAGGAGGAGAAAGAAAAGGAGUCGGAAAACAUUCCUGAGAAUUCAAACAACGAUGAUGAGAUGGAAGCAAGAGAGGAUGAAGAGCAAGGUGAAGCCAAAGAGGAUCAAAAGUCAAGGGAUGAUGGUGACGCAAAAGAUGGCAAAGAGGGAGAAGAGGGAGAGGAAGAGGAAGAGGAAGAUGUUGGUGAGCAGGAAGACCAGGUUGAGAACCAGGAGGCCGAGCAAAUGGAGGAUCAUGUCCCUGAAUCGGAAGCUUUGGAACUUCCUGAUGAUAUAAACAUUGGCGAUGAAGAAGAUCAGGAAGAAAGUGAAGACGAAUUUGACGAAGAGCAUAACGAUGGUCUAAAUGAUGAAAUGAAUGAUGAUGAUGAUGGUGAGGAGGAGGAGGAGGAAGGAAAAGAACAACUGAAAAUGGAAAAAGACGUCAAUGAAGAAAAAGAAGAAGAAGAAGAAGAAGGUGUUGACGAGGAAGAGAAUACAGAGAUGCUUCAAGAUGAAGAGUCAAACCUUGAGACUGAAGAGAACCAAAUUGAUGAAGAAGCUGGUGCUGAACCUGAAGAUGAGGACGUGGACAAUGAAGAACAUGAUAAAAGUGAGGACAAAAAGGAGAAGGGAGAUGAAGCCGCCAAUGAUGAAACAGAUGCAGUAGAUGGGGCUGAUGGAUUGGCAGAUGUGGAGAAUGAAGAGGAUGCAGAUAUGGAUGCUGCAACUGAACAAAAGGCUGGGAAAUCGGGAGAUGGUGCAGAAAAUGAGCAGCUAAACAAUGAUCAAAACGGUGAGAAUCUAGCCGGUGAAGAGAAUUCUGCAGCUGAGGAGAAAAAUGAAAAGUCCAUUGAAGAUGACGCCGUUGACAGAGCGAACGAAUCUCUUAAACAGAUUGGUGAGUCAUUGAAGGAGUUUCAUCGCCGUAAGCAAGAGAUUCUUGAAGCAGAGGAGGAUGACAAUGCCGAGCAGUCUGCUAAUCACAAUUUGAACGAGUUUCAACAUAAUCCUGAUUCAAAUGCUGAUGAUUUACAGGCACUUGGUGCUGCCAAUAAAGACCAAAUACAAUCGAUAAAUGAGGAUAUGGCGAUUGAUGAGGAGGAGGAAGAAAGACAACAGGAAGAACAAGAUGAGAAAAUUGACGCUGAUGCUCCAAUGGAUGAAGAGAAUGGUGAUGUGCCGCAAGAGAAUGGUGGUGAUGACAAUGGGGCUGCCGCGCAAUCUGCAGCAGAAGAUGCUCCAAUUACUGAGACAGAAACGAACGAGAUCGACUCUAAACCGUCCAUUGAAUUUGGCGAUGGCGAUGACGAGGAGGAUGAUGAUGAAAAGAUUGAAGAGAUGAUUGGAAAUUACACUAUUAGUGAUGACGAACCACCAUUGUCUUUGGACGAAGCACGUAAGUUGUGGAAGGAUAGUGAGAUGGCAACGCAAGACUUGGCGUCGGGACUUUGUGAACAAUUGCGAUUGAUUUUAGAGCCCACUUUGAGCACUAAGCUUCGUGGAGAUUACAAGACGGGAAAAAGAUUGAAUAUGAAACGUAUCAUUCCUUAUAUCGCAUCUGAUUUCAAAAAGGACAAGAUUUGGUUGAGAAGGACAAAGCCUUCCAAACGCGAGUACCAAAUCAUGAUUGCUGUUGAUGAUUCCAAGUCGAUGAGCGAGAGUAACUCUUCACGAUUGGCUCUCAAUAGUAUUGCUUUGGUUUCGAAAGCGUUGAGUCAAUUGGAGAGUGGUGGUUUAUCAAUUGUGAGAUUUGGUGAAGAUGUAAAGAUUGUGCAUCCCUUCAAUAAGCCGUUCAAUGCAAAUAAUGAAACUGGGGCUAAAGUAUUUCAAUGGUUUGAUUUCCAGCAAUCGAGAACUGACAUCAAAGCAUUGUGUAAUGAGUCGUUGAAGAUUUUUGAAGAUGAGAAGUUUGAAAACAAGGCUGAUUUGUGGCAGUUGCAAAUUAUCAUCAGUGAUGGUGUAUGUGAAAGUCAUGAGAAUAUUAUGCGCAUGGUGAGAAAAGCUAGAGAUGAAAAGAUAAUGAUGGUGUUUGUCGUGAUUGAUGGAAUCAAUCUGAAGGAAUCCAUUAUGGAUAUGCAACAGGUGAGGUACGAAACUGAUCAAAACACUGGUGAAAUGGUUUUGAAAGUGGACAAGUAUCUUGACAGUUUCCCAUUUGAAUUUUACGUCAUUGUAAAGGACAUAAAUGAGUUGCCAGGAAUGCUUUCAACCAUUCUUCGUCAAUACUUUACAGAAAUAGCUACAGUAUAG